UCACCUCAUUCCACUUCAGUCACCUUCAACUUCCCUCUUCUUAUAUCUUUAAUUUAUAUAACUCAAACUCUGUUUCAUUUCAAACCCAAAACAAAACCAAUCCUUUGCCAUAAUCCACCAUCAUGUCGAUUGAUACCUCUGCAGUUUCCGGCCAAAUUGUGUGUGUCACCGGCGCUGGAGGCUUCAUUGCUUCUUGGCUUGUAAAGCUUCUUUUGGAAAAGGGCUACACCGUUCGAGGAACUGUUCGAAACCCAAAUGAUCAAAAGAAUGCUCAUUUGAAGCACUUGGAUGGAGCUAAUGAGCGUCUGUCUCUGUUUAGAGCUGAUCUUCUCGAUUUUGAAAGCCUCAAAGCAGCUAUUAUGGGCUGUGAUGGUGUUUUCCACACUGCCUCUCCAAUGACCGAUGAUCCCGAAAAGAUGGAAGAAGCCAUAAUUGGGAGUAAGAAUGUCAUGACCGCCGCCGCAAAAGCAAAAGUUCGACGAGUGGUGUUCACAUCAUCCAUCGGCGCCGUCUACAUGAAUCCUAACCGAAGCCCCGACACGGUGGUGGAUGAGUCUUGUUGGAGUGACCUUGACUUUUGCAAGAACACCAAGAAUUGGUAUUGCUAUGCCAAGACAGUAGCAGAGCAGGCAGCAUGGGCAGUGGCAGAAGAAAAAGGAGUGGAUUUAGUAGUGGUGAACCCAAUGUUGGUAUUGGGGCCUCUAUUGCAAGAGGCUGUGAAUACGAGUGUGGUUCAUAUAAUGAAGUAUUUGACAGGGUCAGCCAAGACAUAUGUAAACGCAGUUCAAGGAUAUGUUGAUGUUAGGGAUGUGGCGAAAGCCCAUGUCUUGGUUUAUGAAGCUCCUUCAGCUUCCGGCAGAUAUAUAUGUGUUGAGAGUAUGCUUCACCGUGGAGAAUUGGUUGAUAUUCUUGCAGAGUAUUUUCCAGAGUAUCCCCUCCCAACCAAGUGCUCUGAUGAGGUGAAUCCCAGGAAGAAGCCUUAUAAAUACAGUGUUGAGAAGCUGAAGUCAUUGGGAGUGGAGUUCAUACCAAUCAAACAAUGCAUAUAUGAAACUGUGAGGAGCUUGCAACAAAAGGGGCAUCUUCCACUUCCCUCCAAACUUCAACAAUGAUGUUUUCAUGGCUUAUAAUAAAAAAAGAUGUGUUUUUUAGCGUUGUUGAGAAUAUAUUUUGAGUAUGGAACGAUGAAGUUUGUGGUUGCUCGUGUUUCUAUAAACCGUCAUAAAACUGUUUCUUGUUUUUAAA